AUGGAGGCAUCGAGCAGCCCUGUAAUGGCCGGUCUCUUGGCAUUUUCCUUAUCUGGAGCCUCCUCCUGUGGGCUCACUUUUCUCUUAGAUGAUUGCAUAAUCACGCAAUCAUCUCCUUCCCGGCCUUUCCUCCUUCGCCUUCCUCAGCCGCGCGGCGCCACCGCUUCCAGCGGAAAAAGAGUGGAUAUGGAAAUUGCCGUCGAGCAGGGCUGCAGGCGGCGCGGGGCCGACGGAUCUGGGGAAACCUGCGGGAAAGUAGCUGAGGGGAAUGGAAAUGGAAACAGAGGAGGCGAAAACUUCUCUCAGGGUCCUUUCCCCUUCAGUUCAAAUAAUAAGACCAAGUUGCUGGUGGCUCUGCGUGGACGACCAUUAGAGUACUUGGCAAUUUCGAUCGACAAUAGAGGCCAUAAAAUCGAAAAUUAUAAUGAUUAUCCAUAUCCAAACAGUUAUCAUUACCCCUUUGCUAGUUGCAAUGGUUUGUUGUUGCUUUUUUUUGAUGAUCCACACUACACAGGAACGCCUCUAGGAGAGGUUCUAUGGAAUCCCACCACCAGCCAAAUCAAAAUCCUUCCUCCAUCUCCGGCAUCCUUGGACCCAAGGUUUUCGAAGUUGAGCUACGGUUAUUUUGGUUUUGGGUUUGAUCCGGCGUCUGAGGACUACAAGGUGAUAAGAUUUCUCAGGCAUAAGGUUUGGGACCCUAAUCAAGACAAUCGCAACCCCUUGAUGCCUCUUGAGGCGGAACUGUAUUCACUCUCAACUAAUUCGUGGAUAUCAAUCAACAUUGGUCCUGACACUUAUCCAAGCCAUGGGGUUCACAUAAACGGCUCUUAUUACUGGCUUAAUAUCGCAGUGCCUGGUGGUAAUAUUAUGUCUUUUGACUUUGCUAGUGAGAAGUUUGCUUCUUGGUCUAUUCCCAUGCCACCGACCAAAAACCUCGAAAGAAAUGUAUUUCAUCUUUUCAAGCUCGUGGAAUAUCAUGGGUCACUUGGUGCUAUUGUUCGCUGGUCAAAUUGUGUUGCUGAUCCUUUGUAUAGUUUUGAAGUUUGGGUGUGGGGUGUCAACGUAUGGGGGGAAUGGGAGUGGUCCAUAGUGUCCACGUUUGACAUCCCCAUUCGUAUGAGUUAUAGAUGGAACCAUAUUGGGAGUGAUAAAAUAAUUCUUCUAGACGAGGAGAAGCGUGAUCUCAUGUACUACGACUGGGCAAGGAACAGGUUGGAGAAGAUUGCUGGUGUGACUACUGAUACGGUGGUGGACUUUUUCCCUUUGGUCGAAAGCUAUGUUCCAUUCAAAGAAAGGCGGCUUGCAGCAGCACUGGAAGCAACCCACAAUCUUCAAGUUGUUUUCACCAAGACAACAAUCCUCCACAAUCAAGUCAGCCUAUCUUCCUUAUGUCGUUCGAGAGGCUCCUCGGGUCUAAAUGUAGUGCAUCUUGAUUCUAUUCAUACCUUGGGGCAGGGCCAGCUAGGCGACAGCCCAUGA